AUGUUUGGUCGAAUCGGAAAGGCGUUAUGGGAAGCAUUGUACGGGCUAUAUUUCUUCAUCUUCGAUCGCUUUUUCAUCUACCCUAUAAUGCGAGCCGCAUCAUCGGUCUGCCAAAUCACCUUCAUGAAUUUGGGAUACGCGCUACGAACUGAUGAGGAGAAGAUUAGAGACUUUACCGAAAAAUGGAUACCGACAACAGAUGCCGACUACAACCACAUCCUUCUCUACGAAAAAUGCCUAUCCAUGCACCCGAGCUACCCAAGUCUGAAGGGGAUCUCGCUGCUUGAGAUCGGUUGCGGACAGGGCGGAGGGAUUUCUUGGCUCAAAAAGACCCGGAAAGAAUUGAGCGCCCUACGAGGGAUCGAUCCAGUUGUUGUGGAUUCGAUGAAUGGGAUGAUUCGCAAAGGGAGUGCUGAUGCGCUUCCUCUACAAUCAGCUACCGUCGACCUCGUGAUCAACGUCGAAAGCAGUCAUUUGUAUAAAAACCAAGAACGGUUUUUUGCCGAGGUCUUCCGGGUAUUGCGGCCAGGGGGACACCUAUGCUGGAUAGAUCUGAGGCAUGACUAUGAGGUACAAGACCCGUAUACGCAGUCCAAGCUAGCCGGGCUCGUAUUAGUGGAAUCCGAAGAUGUCACAGCUCAAGUUGUUGAGGGAAUCAAGAAAACCGCCGCAAAGUAUGAUAAGAUGCUAGAAAAGGCGCCAUGGAUCGCACGCUUGUUUUCCGGGUCACUUCGCGAAACCUAUUGCGCGCCUGGGACUCACUCCUACAACCGCCUAACCACCCGCCAAAAGCUCUACCACUGUGCGUGUUGGCAAAAAGGGGCCCAG